AUGCAGAGCUGCGCCAGGUCCUGGGGGAUCUUCUUGGCCAAGUCGGUGAAUCCGGGCGCACCGUGCAGGCGUGUGAGCGACAAGAGCCGCGUGGUUUGGAAACUUCAGUGCAGGAUCCGACACGGCGCGGCAUCCCCGAACACCACCACAGCAGCCCGGGGUCUGAGGACGUCCGCAGCCGCCUCCUCCAGACAGAUAGAGAGGAUACUGCCCAGGCACGAUGACUUCGCGGAGAGGCACAUCGGCCCAGGUGAGAGGGAGAAGAGAGAAAUGCUGGAUGCUCUGGGACUCGAGUCAAUCGACCAGUUGAUCGGAGACACAGUCCCAGCCUCCAUCCGCAUGCAGAAGAGUAUGAAAAUGGAUGAUCCACUGUGUGAGAAUGAGAUUCUGGACUCUCUCAUGAAGAUUGCAUCGCAGAACAAAGUGUGGAGGUCCUACAUCGGCAUGGGCUACUACAACUGCUCAGUGCCGCCACCAAUCCAGCGCAAUCUCCUGGAGAACUCCGGCUGGGUGACUCAGUACACGCCCUACCAGCCCGAGGUCUCCCAGGGUCGCCUGGAGUCGCUCCUCAACUACCAAACCAUGAUCUGUGACAUCACAGGCUUGCCUGUCGCCAACGCCUCCCUGCUCGAUGAAGGAACGGCCGCUGCUGAGGCCAUGCAGCUCUGUCACAGACAGAACAAAAGAAGAACCUUCUACAUCGACCCACGCUGCCACCCCCAGACCAUUGCUGUGGUGCAGACCAGAGCCAACUACAUCGGGGUGAAGACGGUGCUGAAGCUGCCUCAUGAGAUGGAUUUCAGCGGAAAGGAUGUGAGCGGUGUGCUCUUCCAGUAUCCAGACACUGAUGGCAAAGUGGAAGACUUCACAGCUCUGGUGGACCGGGCACACAAGGGAGGGGCACUGGCAUGCUGUGCCACAGAUCUGUUGGCCCUCUGCGUCCUGCGCCCCCCUGGGGAGUUUGGCGUCGACAUCGCGCUGGGCAGCUCCCAGAGGUUUGGUGUUCCUCUCUGCUACGGCGGUCCUCACGCCGCCUUCUUCGCUGUCAAAGACAACCUGAUCCGGAUGAUGCCUGGCAGAAUGGUUGGAGUCACCAGAGACGCAGCUGGUAAGGAGGUGUAUCGGCUCGCCUUGCAGACCAGAGAGCAGCACAUCCGCAGAGACAAAGCAACCAGCAACAUCUGCACUGCGCAGGCUCUGCUGGCCAACAUGGCUGCCAUGUUUGCACUGUAUCACGGUCCUCAGGGACUCAGACACAUCGCCGAGAGGACACACAAUGCUGCUCUGAUCCUUGCUGAAGGCCUGAAGAGAGCAGGACACCGGCUGCACAGUGACAUGUUCUUCGACACCCUGAAGAUCAACUGCAGCGUGGCAGCCAAAGACAUCUUCGAGAGAGCCACUCAGAGGGAGAUCAAUCUGAGAGUCUACACCGAGGGCGUGGUGGGCAUCUCUCUGGAUGAGACAGUGACCGAGAGGGACUUGGAUGACUUGCUCUGGGUCUUUGGCUGUGAAUCUUCAGCUGAGUUGAUCGCUGAGAAAAUGGGCGAGCGGGUGAAGGGGAUCAUGGGGAGUCCUUUCAAGAGGACGAGCAAGUACCUGACGCACCAGGUCUUUAACAGUUAUCACUCCGAGACCAAUAUUGUGCGAUACAUGAAGCGACUGGAGAACAAGGACAUCUCCCUGGUGCACAGCAUGAUACCACUGGGCUCCUGCACCAUGAAGCUGAACAGCUCCUCAGAGCUCAUGCCAAUCACCUGGAAUGAGUUUGCAAACAUCCACCCCUUCGUGCCUCUGGAUCAGGCCGAUGGCUACCAGAAGCUCUUCCGACAGCUGGAGAGGGACCUCUGUGAGGUGACCGGCUAUGACAACAUCUCCUUCCAGCCGAACAGCGGUGCUCAGGGCGAAUACGCCGGACUGGCUGCCAUAAAAGCCUACCUGAACUCAAAGGGAGAGACCGGGAGAAGCGUCUGUCUGAUCCCCAAGUCGGCUCAUGGCACCAACCCAGCGAGCGCUCAGAUGGCUGGCAUGAAGGUUCAGGUGGUGGAGGUGGACAAGGACGGUAACAUCGACCUGGCACAUCUCAAGGCACUGGUGGAUAAACACAAGGCGAGUCUGGCAGCCAUGAUGCUCACCUAUCCCUCCACCUUCGGUGUGUUUGAGGAGCAUGUCAGAGACGUGUGCGAUCUCAUCCACCAAAACGGCGGCCAGGUAUACCUGGAUGGCGCCAACAUGAACGCUCAGGUGGGUCUGUGUCGUCCCGGAGAUUAUGGCUCUGACGUGUCUCAUCUCAACCUGCACAAGACGUUCUGCAUCCCUCAUGGUGGAGGAGGACCUGGCAUGGGGCCGAUUGGAGUGAAGGCCCACCUCGCCCCCUUCCUGCCCAGCCACCCGGUGGUCUCUAUGUAUUCAGUCAACUCUGGCAGCUCACUGGGCACCAUCAGCGCCGCCCCCUGGGGCUCCAGUGCCAUCCUGCCGAUCUCCUGGGCUUACAUCAAGAUGAUGGGAUCCAAAGGACUGCUUCAUGCCACAGAGGUGGCCAUUCUCAACGCCAACUACAUGGCCAAGAGGCUGGAAGGUCACUAUAAGAUUCUCUUCAGAGGCAGGAAAGGUUUUGUGGCCCACGAGUUCAUUCUGGAUGUGAGGCCCUUCAAGAAGACCGCUAACAUUGAGGCUGUGGACGUGGCCAAGAGGCUGCAAGAUUAUGGUUUCCACGCACCCACCAUGUCGUGGCCGGUGGCUGGCACGCUCAUGAUUGAGCCCACAGAGUCGGAGGACAAAGCUGAGAUGGACCGGUACUGCGACGCCCUGCUGGGUAUCCGACAGGAGAUCGCGGACAUCGAGGAGGGAAGGAUGGACUCCCGCGUUAACCCGCUCAAGAUGGCUCCUCACUCUCUGGCCUGCAUCGCAUCCUCCACCUGGGACAGGCCCUAUUCCAGGGAGCACGCUGCCUUCCCUUUGCCCUUCAUUAGGCCCGAGACCAAAUUCUGGCCGAGCAUCUCCAGGAUCGAUGACAUCUAUGGCGACCAGCACCUUGUGUGCACCUGUCCACCCAUGGAGGCUUACGAGUCUCCAUACGAGGAGAAGCGAGCCUCCUCAUAGACGCUCCCCUGUUGUCUGCCCCAAGUUUCCAACCCUAAGCUCUAAAAACCUCACAGACUUUACACCCAUUUUCACAGUGAAACUGAAUAAUUGUCUCUCUAUUUUAUUAUGAUGGAUCAAAUUAUGUAAAAAAAAAAAAAGAAAAACAACAAAAAAACAAAUCCAUACUGGACAGUAGUUGCUGUGAUUCCUUUUCUCCCAGCUCUGUCCAAGUUUCUGUCUUUAAACAUUAAGCGCCCUCGAAAUUGUGGUUGAUUACCUCAAAAAGUGAGCUCUAGUUGGCUAAUUGCCAACAGGUGUCAAUGUCUGCGAGGUGGACACUGGGACUAGGCUUCGUAUAAUCACAUCCUUUUUACUGGGGUCAUGGGGUUUUACCUACUCAAACUCUUCCGAUGGACCAAAGGUGCAACGUUUGCUUUCCCAGGUCGCAAAAACGGCUGCACCCUUCGACACCAAGGCCGUUCCGUAACACACUUCUGAGACACUGUACUCUAACAUGAGUACAGUUAAUUUAUAGACUCCCAACAUCAAUUAAAAACGCUGUUGUGUAAAAUAGCUGCCUUGACAUUCCCCACCUUUUUUUUUCCCUUUUCUCCAAAUACCUGACAAAACAUAGUGGGUAGUUCAUUGUAGGGUUUUGUUAAUAUGCAUCUGUUGUGUGGAAAUGUCUUAAUGUGUGUCAUGAUAUUUGUUGACGGUAGUUGGUGACAGUCUUGAUUUUAAAUUCAUUUUCUAAUCUAAACUUUUAUCUGUGGAAAAAAAAGUUGUCAGUAUUAAACAUUUGUCUUUAAAGUGUG